GAACCUCCUCGCCUCCUCCAUUGACCAACAAUUAAGCCUCCCCGACCGCCACAUCUAUUAGGUGCAGCCAUGGGUGCCUGUGCAACGAAGCCUAAGACGCUUGAGGGGAAAGCCCCAGCUGAGGCCACCAUCUCCACACCCAAGGUUGCACCUGAGACCACUACCAUCCACAUUGAGGUUGCGGCAAAACAUGCAGUAGUUGAGAAGGUGGAGGAGGACAAGGAGGAGGCACUAACAGUGGCGGCGAAACAAGAGCCAGCAGCCACCAUUGAGCCUCAGCAGAUUGCUAGUGAGGUGACCACUUCGGAAGUGGCGGUCGUCGUUGUCGAGCCUGAGAACAAAGAGGAGGAGGAAGUUGUGGAGAAGACCGUCAUCGAGAAGGAGAAGCCAUCAGCAGUCCAUGCAGAGGAAAAUAUUGCCACCAACAAGGUGGCAGCCGAGCCCACGACAGAAUUGAAGAAAGACACCGAGGAGGAGAUAUAGAUGGAGAAGGAGAAGCCAUCGCUAAGCUAAUUGACUGCAUGUCAAUUGGCUGAUGCCUGAUGAUCAAUGUGCAAGAAAGAGAUCGACCACUAAUUGGCAUACAUGUUUAAGUCGGGAGAGAGACUCGGUCACCUUGUAAACAAAACAAACCUUUGAUGUCUCCCGUUUUCCCUCCAUGGGGUUCUGAUAAUACAACAUCCUGGGGCUUAUUGAAUGAAUGUUAUCUCGGUUAC